AUGAAUUUAUUUCUGUAUUUCAGAUUGUGCUGCUCAGAUUGUGCUGCUCAGGUGAGUGUGACCCAGCCAGCCGCUCAAUCAGUCUCUCCUGGGGACACGGUGACAUUGUCUUGUACACUUACUGGGUUCAGUAUAGGUGAUCGCAAUGUGUACUGGUAUCAGCAGAAAACAGGGGAGAGACCCCGGUAUCUGUUAAGGUAUGACAGUGACAGUAGCAAACACCAAGGAGCCGGGGUCCCUGGAGCCCUGUUGGGGGGCUUUGGAUAUUUAACCAUUAAGUCAGUGUUGUUAGAAGAUGACGCAGAUUAUUAUUGCUUAUUGUCAACUGGCAGCGAGUUACACACUGUAACAUUCUAA